UACGUUCCGGGGACUACGAUGACGCCUGCGCGCCCCCCUCCCCUCCUUCUCCAUGCUGGGAAAUGAUUGUUUAAAGACUUUGCAACAAGAAAAAAACAAAACCACACACCCCCGUUGACCGUAUCGCCUCCUGGGCUCUUUCUGAGCCUCCCCCGUCCCGGUCCCAGCCAGGAGCAAAACAAAACAAAACAAAACAAAAGUGGUGCUUGCAACACUGAAAACAGAGAGAGGAAAAAAAAACUUUACAGAGACCCGGAUGGCCUUUCUCAGGGGGGGCUCCUGGGUCUGUUUUUCCAGGAAUUUUGGGGGUGUUUUUUGGGCUGAGGGUGGAGGGAAUUUCAGGGUGUUUCCCCCCCUCUUCUUCCUCCUCCUCCUCGCGAUUGGGCCAAACCCCGGCAGCCGCACAGAACCUUGCAGGACCGAAGGAGGAACUGUUGACAAUUAAGAGAUGAAACUCUUCAAAAGAUGGAGGCAGAGGAAGACUCCAGAAGAAGACGAUUGCGAUCCAUUGGCAGACAGCUUUACGACGAAAACGAAGAUCUCUCCGACGUGGAAGAGAUCGUCAGCAUCCGGAGUUUCAAUUUGGAAGAGAAAUUAAGGAGUAAAAUGUAUCGCGGGGAUUUUGUGCGGCCCAUGGAUGGGAAAGAUUUCACUUUUGAGUAUGUGCAGCGAGAAGCACUCAGAAUCCCCCUCAUCUUCAGAAGUAAGGAUGGACUGGGAAUUAAAAUGCCGGAUUCAGAUUUCACUGUGCGAGACGUGAAGCUGCUUGUGGGGAGCCGUCGGAUUGUGGACGUGAUGGAUGUGAACACCCAAAAGGGCAUUGAGAUGAGUAUGUCCCAGUUUGUACGAUAUUAUGAAACCCCAGAAACCGAGCGGGAAAAGCUGUAUAAUGUUAUCAGCCUGGAAUUCAGUCAUACGAAGCUGGCAAACAUUGUCAAGCGCCCCAAUGUGGUGGACUUAGUUGACUGGGUGGACAACAUGUGGCCCCAUCAUCUGAAGGAAAAACAGACCGAUGCUACCAAUGCCAUUUCAGAGAUGAAAUACCCCAAAGUUAAAAAGUACUGUCUGAUGAGUGUGAAAGGAUGUUUCACAGAUUUCCACAUUGAUUUUGGGGGCACUUCAGUUUGGUAUCAUGUUUUUCGAGGAGGGAAGAUCUUCUGGUUGAUCCCUCCAACUUUGCAGAACCUAGAACUCUAUGAGGAAUGGGUUCUCUCGGGAAAGCAAAGCGAUAUAUUUCUGGGAGACAGAGUGGAGCGAUGCCAAAGAAUUGAGCUGAAGCAAGGGCAUACCUUCUUCAUUCCUUCAGGGUGGAUACAUGCUGUUUAUACUCCGGUAGAUUCCCUGGUCUUUGGCGGAAACAUCCUACAUAGCUUUAAUGUUCCCAUGCAGCUUCGCAUCUACGAGAUUGAGGACAGAACCAGGGUGCAAGCCAAGUUCCGUUAUCCUUUCUACUAUGAGAUGUGCUGGUAUGUUCUGGAGAGAUACGUGUUUUGCAUGACCCAACGCUCCCACCUCAGCAAAGAGUACCUGAAAGAAUCAAUGUUAAUUGAUGCAACAAGGAAACGCAGCUUAGACAGUUUCUCGUCAGAUUCCUGGGUAGAGAUGGAUGAAGAAUUGUGUGAUGUUCAUUCCCAGGAGGAGAAAGAUGAGAACUUGGAUAAAAUCCCCAAGGCCUUGGUGGACGGUUCCUCCUCCCCCAACAGUACACAUUCAGAAGGGAAGGAGAUUUUGGGAAAGAAACAUAAAUCCAUGGCCACCCGGUUCCUCAAAAGGACUUUAUCCAAUGAGUCGGAUGAAAGCAUCAAGUCGACCCCGGCGGACUUUCCCAAAACGCCCACGGGGUCACCAGCCACAGAGGUCUCGGCCAAAUGGACUCACCUGACAGAGUUUGAACUGAAGGGUUUGAAAGCCCUGGUCGAAAAACUCGAAUCCCUUCCGGAAAAUAAGAAAUGCAUCCCAGAAGGCAUUGAGGAUCCUCAAGCUCUGUUGGAGGAUAUGAAGAACAUCCUGAAGGAGCACGCCGAUGACGACCAGAACCUCGCCAUUUCUGGAGUCCCUGUGGUAUCCUGGCCUAAGAAAAAUGCAAAGAACCGGUCAGUUGGCAGACCUAAAGGGAAAUUGGGACCCGCCUCUGCUGUGAAGCUCGCAGCCAACCGGACAACUGCCGGAGCCCGCCGGAGGAGGACACGAUGUCGCAAGUGCGAGGCCUGCCUGCGCACCGAGUGUGGCGAGUGUCACUUCUGCAAGGACAUGAAGAAGUUUGGCGGGCCCGGCCGCAUGAAGCAGUCAUGCAUUAUGAGGCAGUGCAUUGCGCCGGUGCUGCCCCAUACCGCUGUGUGCCUGGUGUGCGGAGAAGCAGGGAAGGAAGACACGGUGGAAGAGGAGGAGGGCAAGUUUAAUCUCAUGCUGAUGGAGUGCUCCAUCUGCAACGAAAUCAUACACCCAGGAUGCCUUAAAGUGAGGGAGUCGGACGGCGUGGUGAACGAUGAGCUGCCAAACUGCUGGGAAUGUCCCAAGUGCAACCAUGCUGGGAAAACUGGGAAACAAAAGCGCGGCCCCGGGUUCAAAUACGCGUCCAACCUCCCCGGCUCGCUGCUCAAGGAGCAGAAGAUCAACCGAGAGAACAAGGAGGUCGUCCCGGAUACCCCCAAGCGGAAAGUGGAGUGUGAGGAGCCACCCCGGAAGAAAUCCGAUGAACAUCCCAAAAAGCCCCCCCUCGAUCCUCUGUUGCGGAGAAAGUCUGACGAGGUUCGGCGGAAAAGGAAAUUUGAGAAGCCCCAGGAACCUACCAUGAGAAAACGGCUAAAACUGGCCAAAGAAGAGAAGCUGUUCAGGAAGAAGAGGCGAUCCUGGAAGACCCCAGAUGACCAAAGUGCCAUGGGCAAGCCUCUGCGGCAUUUCAAGCAGGAACCCGAGGAGGACCUGCCGGAGGAGCCCCCCAAGAGCAAGGAGAGCGACCAGUCGCGUUCCAGCUCGCCCACCGCCGGGCCCAGCUCGGAGGGCGCCGAGGCCCGAGACAAGAAGAAGUGCAAGUUGAGGCGCAAACCCCGCCUUCCCAACAAGGAGCUGAGCAAGGAGCUGAGCAAAGAGCUCAACCAGGAGAUCCAGAAGACGGAGAACAGCCUGGCCAACGAGAACCACCAGCCCAUCAAGUCGGAGCCGGAGAGCGAGAACGAGGAGCCCAAGCGGGUCCUCUACCCCGAGCGGCCCCACCGCUUCAGCAAGAGCUUGAACGGGACCCCCCGAGAGCUCCGGCACCAGCUCUUCUCCAGCCUGCGCAGCAGCAGCACCCCCCGGGCGAUCACACGGCCUCCCCCCUCCCUCUCGCCCCCCAAGUGCAUCCAGAUGGAACGCCACGUCGUCCGGCCACCCCCCAUCAGCCCCCCUCCGGACUCGCUCCCCCUGGAUGACGGGGCUGCUCAUGUGAUGCAGAGGGAGGUCUGGAUGGCCGUCUUCAGCUACCUCAGCCACAGUGAACUGUGUGUCUGUAUGAGGGUCUGCAAGACCUGGAACAGAUGGUGCUGUGAUAAAAGACUGUGGACAAAAAUAGACCUAAACCAUUGUAAAUCCAUCACUCCCCUCAUGCUCAGUGGUAUUAUUAGGAGGCAGCCGGUCCUGCUUGAUCUGAGCUGGACAAACAUAUCGAAGAAGCAGCUGAGCUGGCUCAUCAACAGGCUCCCAGGCCUCCGAGAUCUAAUCCUGUCAGGGUGCUCGUGGAUUGCCGUUUCUGCUCUCUGCAGUUCCAGUUGUCCGCUCCUCCGAACGCUGGAUGUCCAGUGGGUAGAAGGCUUAAAAGACGCACAGAUGAGAGACCUUUUGUCACCACCAACUGACAACAGACCAGGCCAGAUUGACAACCGGAGCAAACUGCGGAAUAUCACCGAGCUGCACCUGUCCGGCUUGGACAUCACCGAUGCUUCCCUGCGCCUGAUCAUCAGGCACAUGCCUCUGCUGUCCAAGCUCAACCUCAGCUACUGCAACCACAUGACAGAUCAGUCCGUCAACCUGCUGACAGCUGUGGGAACCACAACCCGGGAUUCUCUCACAGAAGUCAUUCUGCGAGACUGCAACAAGGUAACCGGCCAGUGCCUCUCUUACUUCAAGCGCUGCGGGAGUAUCUGCCAGAUUGAUCUGAGGUACUGCAAGCAGGUGACCAAGGAAGGCUGUGAGCAGUUCAUAGCAGAGAUGUCGGUGAGCAUUCAGUUUAGUCAGGUGGAAGAGAAGCUCCUACAGAAAGUGAGUUAGUGUUUACAAGGACAAGCUUGUAACGAGCAGAAAGGAAGAGAGAAAAAGGACUCCCAGGGCACAGAACUUCAUUGGCUGUUAUGGAAGUGCUGAUACCCAACUGUCAGUUUGGAUUGUAGAGGAGUCCAUUUGUACCUACAAACCAUUUUAGCCUAUCGUGGAUCAUCUUUCUUCCUCUUGUCAUAAGGAUUGCUCACACCUGGAGGAGGAGACUGGGGUGCACCUAUUUAAUAGUACCGCAGCUGGUACACGUGUAAAUCUUUUUUAAAUGUUUGGGCCGAUAUCAAAGCAAUGUUUAAUUUUGGUGUCAUUAACAUGGGGCCACUGCAUUUCUACGUUUGAGCUUUUGUUUUUGUUUUUUUACAUCAUUCAUUAUGCAGAACUAUUUUUGUACAAAUUGUUUAAAAUUAUUUAUGCAAACCUUUUGAAUGCAUUGCAAGUGUUUGUUUGUUUUCAGGUUGCCAAGUUUUAUCUUAAGGUAGGAAAGAACUUUAACCUGUCACAGCAUAGAGAAAUGACUCAUUGACAGCUGUUCUCCAAGUGAGGGGGGGGGAAGUAGGUUAAGACUUUAAAAUGAAAAAGCAUGUUUUAAAGGAAGUUCUUAUAAUCCUGCUUUGUAUCUUCGGGAAGCACUGGAAGCAUGUCAUGGAAGGAAGGUGUAAUAUAAAGUUCACAAACUAGCGUGUUGCCAAGUUCAACUUGUAUAAGAUCUUGAAAUUUACAAAUGCAGCUUGAGCACAUGGGAAAGACAUUGCAAUUCAGCCGUGGUGGUUCUUGUACUUUGUGUACAAGACCCAUUUAUAAUACCACAAGUCAAGGAGCUUGAGUUUACUUUUUUUUUAAAGCAAGUUCAGUUCUUAAGGUUCAGUGUGGUUAAUUUCAGACUCUUUUUACACAGAAUUCAGCAUACAUAAGUGCCAUUGUUGUAAAGUGGUGUUCUCUCUUCCAUAAACUCCCCUUCCUGACAGUUUUACCUCUGUUCAAUUUGUAUAAAUGAUUGUACAAAAAUGAAAA